AUGGAAGCUAAUGCCGUCAGAUUCCAUGGAAAUCCUUACAUUGUCACCGUCUCCAGAACAGUUCAACGUCACCGAUCAACCAAUCUCUCGCUUCAAAACCUUACUUACCGGAAGAACAAACUCUUCUUCCCUUUCUCUCCUACAAUAACAAGAUGUUCCACCACCAAAAGUAGCGAAACGGGUCAAGCUUCCACCUUCGAAUCACCACCAUCCGAUUGCUCACCGACCUCUUCUCUGUCGUCUUCAACGAGAGGGCUGGUUCUCGAUCUGGGCCUUCUCUCUACUGAUCCGUGGGACAGCGAGGAGAUUGGAUCUCCCGUCGUGAAGAGGUUUCUAAGCGAUAACGGAGAGAGAUGGUACAUGUGGUACCACGGAAGCUCAAAGCAAAAACCAGUUUCCGAUUCUAUUGGAUUAGCGGUUUCAAACAAUGGGAUUCACUGGGAAAGAGGGAAAGGCAGAGUCGAGUCGACCGACGAUGUGGGUUUGGUUAUGAGCUGUUGUGAAGAUUGGUGGGCGUUUGAUAAGGCGAGUGUUCGACCUGGUGAAGUCGUGAUAAUGUCGAGCUCUAAAGUCAGAGCUAAUAGCUCUGUUUACUGGAUGUAUUACACAGGCUACACGACCGAGACUGUUGAGUUUCAGUCCCAAGGUUUCACUUUUGAGCUGGGAAAUCCAGAAAGGUUUAACCUUUGUGAUGAGAACGUUGCGAAAUCUGUGGUUUAUAGGUCGCUCCCUGGGUUAGCGAUUAGUCAAGAUGGUAGGCACUGGGCUAGAAUCGAAGGCGAGCAUCAUAGUGGGGCGUUGUUUGAUGUUGGGUCUGAGAAAGAUUGGGACUUUCUCUACAUUGCAUCGCCACAUGUUGUCUUCCACGGAAGUGGAGAUCUUAGGAUGUAUUACCAUUCGUUCGAUGAGGAAACCGGCGAGUUCUGCAUCGGGAUGGCGAGAUCCAGGGAAGGGAUCAAGUGGGUGAAACUGGGAAAGAUCUUAGGAGGGAGAAGAUCCGAAAAGGAUGGUGGAACGGGUUUCUUCGACGAGCUCGGAGGAAGGUAUCCUUGCGUGACAAGGAACAAGAGAGAUGGGAGUUAUGUGAUGGCCUAUGAAGGUGUGGAUAGAAACGGGAAGAUGAGCAUUGGCUUGGCGGUUUCGAGAGACGGGAUUAAGGAUUGGGAACGGGUGAUAGACGAGGAAGCGGUCCUUGCGGUUGGUGAAGGCGGCGCGUGGGAUAACGGAGGAGUUGGUUGUCCGUAUUUGGUUGAGAUGGAUGGAGACUCUGAUCAUCAUUGGAGAUUGUAUUAUAGAGGCGUUGGUCAAGGAGGAAGAACAGGGAUUGGUCUUGCUGUUUCUGAGGGAAGUGAGAUCACUACUAAGUUUACAAAACAGACAGGGAUUCACUUGUGA